CAUCCUCCACUUUAAAUUCUCGCUCCCCCUUCUUUCUUUCUCUCCCAACACAACACGUACAUACAUUGCAUGAUUCUGCCUACGUGAUUCCAAUUUCAGUCGAUCAGUUUACGAUGAAUGGCGCCGUCGAUCUUGGUUCCCUGCUCAGGCUGCUGUUUCAGGCGGAGCAGCAAACAAGGCAGCUCAUCGGGGAGGUCAACGCAGCCGAGAAUCAUUACCAUCGCGAAGUUCUGCUGCAGCAGAUACUGUCUAAUUUAAAGGAAGCCAUCGCCACUGCUAAGCUCAUGGAGCCGGAGCCGCCUUCGGCGUCCCACCUGCCGCCGCAAGUACAACCUUCGAGCUCGCCGCCGGUGUCCAACUGCAGCAGCCCCCGUAGCGAGAGCUCCGAGAGGGUACUGUUCAAGGAGCACGAACGCAGGGAGAUGUGCAAGAAGAGAAAAACUCUACCAAAAUGGACGAACCGAGUUCGCGUUGUCGGCGGCAGGCUGGCAGAGGGAUUGGAAGAUGGACACAGCUGGAGGAAGUAUGGGCAGAAGGAGAUCCUUGGAGCUAUGCAUCCAAGAGGUUAUUACAGAUGCACUCACCGUAACACCGCCGGCUGCCUCGCCACAAAACAAGUGCAGAGAUUGGACGACGACCCCUGCGUCUUCGACAUCACCUACCGCGGCGAUCACACCUGCCUGCAGAAUCCGCAAGCGCUGCUAACUCCGGCGGUAGAGGAACCGGCCACGAGCCAAAGUCAUGACCGCAGCCCUCCUCUGCUACAGGAAACGGAGGAUCCUCUCCAUGAACAGCAGAGCCAAGCUCUGAGCUCUGACUUCUUCCUGCCUUGCUCUUCCAACCAAAUGGCAAGUUUUCCUCCUCAGAGCCUCGCCUUCUCGUCGAUGGCGGCCGUUGACCACAAUAAUGACUGCUACACCGGGAGCAUCUCUCCCCUCUUCAUUUCUGCAGUGACCUGGGACUCCAAUCACUUCUCUGUGACUCCUUCUCAUGUUGCAGUUCGUCCGAAUGCUACUCCCGACUCUGAACUCGCUGAGAUUGUCUCGGCGGCCACUUUGCCGAUCAACUCACCGAGGAUGAACGCGAAUUUUAUGCAGGACCAUGUGGAACUUUCCCCCUCGUUCAACUUUGAUCCAUCCAACUUUCUCGGGUAGAACAAUGAAUUGGUCGAUAAUUAACGAUAAAAGUAAUUGACAGAACUUUUCCUGCCGGAAGCCACCACCUUCAUGAUCACGCGGUAAAUGCAACGGCAACCGCGGUGAUUGGGCCGUAGUGCUUCGCAAACAAAGCCCUCCGGCGGAGCUCCCGCAACGUCAACCUGUAAAGUCACUGCAGGAGGAUUAGAAAUUGGAGCAGCUAAAGAGCAAUUCGUUGAAUGAGAAGAAUAGACUUCAAUUUAAUUAAAAUUGCAUUAAUCAUGAAAUUUUGAACCUUAAUUGUAAUUUGAUCUGUUAUUAGAUUGUUGUAUUAA